UUAUUCUGGACAGUUACUCUUAAGAAAGUUGUCAGAAGAAACGCAUCUGCCUUUUUUUCCAGGUGAACUGCCGUGAGUUGUCCAGCAUGAUAGUGUUUAUUUUCUUGGCUAUGGGGUUAAGCUUGGAAAAUGAAUACACUUCCCAAACCAAUAAUUGCACAUAUUUAAGAGAGCAAUGCUUACGUGAUGCAAAUGGAUGUAAACAUGCUUGGAGAGUAAUGGAAGAUGCCUGCAAUGAUUCAGAUCCAGGUGACCCCUGCAAGACGAGGAAUUCAUCAUACUGUAACCUGAGUAUCCAGUACUUAGUGGAAAGCAAUUUCCAAUUUAAAGAGUGUCUUUGCACAGAUGACUUCUAUUGUACUGUGAACAAACUGCUUGGAAAAAAAUGUAUCAAUAAAUCAGAUAACGUGAAAGAGGAUAAAUUCAAAUGGAAUCUAACUACACGUUCCCAUCAUGGAUUCAAAGGGAUGUGGUCCUGUUUGGAAGUGGCAGAGGCAUGUGUAGGGGAUGUGGUCUGUAAUGCACAGUUGGCCUCUUACCUUAAAGCUUGCUCAGCAAAUGGAAAUCCGUGUGAUGUGAAACAGUGCCAAGCAGCCAUACGGUUCUUCUAUCAAAAUAUACCUUUUAACAUUGCCCAGAUGUUGGCUUUUUGUGACUGUGCUCAAUCUGAUAUACCUUGUCAGCAGUCCAAAGAAGCUCUUCACAGCAAGACAUGUGCAGUGAACAUGGUUCCACCCCCUACUUGCCUCAGUGUAAUUCGCAGCUGCCAAAAUGAUGAAUUAUGCAGGAGGCACUAUAGAACAUUUCAGUCAAAAUGCUGGCAGCGUGUGACUAGAAAGUGCCAUGAAGAUGAGAAUUGCAUUAGCGCCUUAAGCAAACAGGACCUCACUUGUUCAGGAAGUGAUGACUGCAAAGCUGCUUACAUAGAUAUCCUUGGGACGGUCCUUCAAGUGCAAUGUACCUGUAGGACCAUUACACAAAGUGAGGAAUCUUUGUGUAAGAUUUUCCAGCACAUGCUUCAUAGAAAAUCAUGUUUCAAUUAUCCAACCCUGUCUAAUGUCAAAGGCAUGGCACUGUAUACAAGAAAACAUGCAAACAAAAUCACUUUAACUGGAUUUCAUUCCCCCUUCAAUGGAAAAGUAAUCUAUGCUGCCAUGUGCAUGACAGUCACCUGUGGAAUCCUUCUGUUGGUUAUGGUCAAGCUUAGAACUUCCAGAAUAUCAAGUAAAGCAAGAGAUCCUUCACCGAUCCAAAUACCUGGAGAACUCUGAUUCAUUAGGAGUCAUGGACCCAUAACAAUCACUCUUUUCUCUGCUUUUCUUCUUUCCUCUUUUCUUCUCUCCUCUCCUCUCUUCUCCUCUCCUCCCCUCCCCUCUCUGUUUCUUUUUCUUUUUCUUUUUCUUUUCUUUUUUGUGGCGGAGUUUUGCUCUUGUUGCCCAGGCUGCAGUACAAUGGCUCAAUCUCGGUUCACUGCAACCUCUGCCUCCAAGGUUCAAGUGAUUUUCCUGCCUCAGCCUCCCGAGUAGCUGGGAUUACAGGUACCCGCCACCACGCCCAGCUAAUUUUUUUGUAUUUUUAGUAGAGAUGGGGUUUUGCCAAAUUGGCCAGGGUGGUCUCAAACUCCUGACCUCAGGUGAUCCACCCUCCUCGGCCUCCCAAAGUGCUGGGAUUACAGGCGUGAGCAACCACGUCGAGCCAACAAUCACUUUCUUUAAAGCAAAUCCUACAGCUGGUCAACACACUAUUCCAUCUGUCAUCGAGAAAGAAAAUGUUAAAAUAGACUUAAAAAUAUUGCUUUGUUACGUAUAAUAAUAUGGCAUGAUGAUGUUAUUUUUUUCUUAAUACUCAAGAAAAAAUAUAUGGUGGUAUCUUUUACAACACUGGAACAGAAAUAAAGUUUCCCUUGAAGGC